AUGGAUGGUACAUCCAACUUUCCGUCAAACGGGUGCCAAAACUACGAUCUUUCUAAACUGACCGAGAAACUACAGGCCGUUUUUACCGCUCCUUGGAAUGGAUUGAUGUUAGACAAUUCUGCUAGUUAUGACCUAAAUAAUGUGCAACACCGUCGUAAAGAAACUGAUCCCCACAUACCAUCGAUAGGUCAGGUGAAAAAUGCCCUUAAUGCAUUAAAGGUGAAGAAGGCGACUAGCAUUGAUGGAUUCCCUGCAUGGUUCCUGAAGCAGUAUAGUGAAGACUUAGCUCUCGUAGCAUAUAACAUCAUCACGAGUAGUAUAAUUCAAUGUAAAUACCCCACCUUGUACAAACAAGCUCUAAUAACCCCUGUACCAAAAAAUAUUGAAACUGAUUUUCGUCAAAUUUCUGUGCUUCCACAGUUAGUUAAAGUGCUAGAAAAGAUUCAACUGAAACUAAAUUGUGCAGAUAUCACAUUAAAAGAUAACCAACAUGCAUUUCCCAAGGGCCGUUCUACACUCUCAGCAUUGAUUGAAAUUUCACAAAAAUGGUUUGAUGAAACUGAAAACAAUGCACAUGGCAGAAAAGGUAUCCAUACUAUUUUCGUUAACUUUAGCAAAGCGUUUGAUAUGGUGGACCACCGAAUUCUCCAUUCUAAAUUGGCCUCUAUGAACUUAACUAAAUCUUUUUGGCUGUGAAUUCGAGAUUUCCUAACCAUGAAAGUCAAAAGGUAAAGCUACUUCAAAUGUUGUCAUCAUCCCCUCCAUGCCCAUAUUUAAUGUAUACAUCGAUGAUUUAGAGGAUGAAAUCACUGCAAACCUAACCUUCCAUACCUCGAAGUGUGCCGAUGACUGCACACUCGAUCAAGCAGUUGGAGCCGGGGAAAUAAGCCAUGUCCAACAGGCUCUAGACAUUAUCCAAUGUUGGUCAGAGUCGAACAAAAUGACUAUCAACGUCAAAAAGGCAAAGGAUUACUUGUAA